CACCUUAGGCCUCAGGGCUUUGACCUGGGAGGGGCCAUGGACAGGGUGUGGCUAUGGCCCUGAGGUGAGGUUCAGAAGGAGCACUGGGAAGUCAGUGUCAGGGCCAUGGAGAGGACCCUGGGCCCCAGGUGCCCACCCCGCCCAGCCUGCCCGCCUGCUCCUGGCUGCAGCCUGUGCCCCCAUCUCCUGCAGCCACCUGGAGAGGCCCCCUGAACAGGGCAGCUUUCGUCAGUGCUCCCGUCAAGACCCCUCUGGUGAGUUCUGCAAAGCAGCGCCUGCUGGAGCCAAUAGGCCCUGUGGGGAGCUUGUGGAAGAUGCUGCUGCCACCAUGUCCUCCUCGGCUUCUCUGGCUCCUGUGACUGAGUGCCCAUUACCUCUGGCCUCCACCUUGUCACCAGGCCCUACCAACUCCUCAGUUUCCCUUCAUUCCCGCUCAUCCCUGAGUGCCUCUCGGCCACCAGAGCCUUUCCGUCCCCUGGAUGACCUUUCACCCCAGCCACUUGCACUUUCCUGUUCCCCUUCACUUCCCCCUGACUCAGGGGCCCACUCUCCACCUCCCACAGCCUCCUCUGCCUCCCCACCACCAGCCUCCACUCUGACUCUUCCCCAGUGUGACUCAGUGGCACUGACACUGGGCCCCACCCAGCAGAAUUCAUGUCCACACACACCUCAGACGGCUCCCACCCCAGCCAUCUCAGGCCUUGGCCUCUCAAACUGUCCCAUUUCAGCCCUGUCCUGGUGGCAGGUGGCUGCCAAAGCCUCAUGCCUCUCAGCCUCAUCACAGUGGGAGUCCCAGCAAGAGCGCCUGUCUCACCACCCACCGGAGGCCUCGUUCCAGGAAGACCCCACAGACAGACAGGCAGAGGCUGGGGGCCUCUCUUCUCAGCUCCAGGUCUGGGGCCAUCUCCCAUCCUCUCUACCAAACCUACCACCUUCUCCACCUCAGAUGAGGGGCUGUGGAGUAUCAUGCCCGCCAGCCCAGAAUAAGCCACACUCUUUAAUCCCAGUUGAGAUUCAACAUCCAGAAAGGCCCUUGUUGCAGAAGCAAGUAGAAAGUGGGUGGGAUUUAUCCUCUGUAGUCAACAGAUCUCAGGAAGUCUUCAGUAUCUUCACUUCCAACCUUUCCAAGAACAGCAUCCUUCCUGAGAAUUUUCCAAUCAGUCCUGAGCCCCGGAAGCAGCUGGAGCCACAUCUCCAAAACUCACAUAUGCAACACAGGGAGACUCUGAGUGUGCAUGGACCCUGGCUUCCUGUCAACCACUCUUAUGCCAAGACUGACACUCACAUGGCAACCAAAACUCUGGGAAUCUUAAAUGGCUGGGAACCCUGCAUGAACGCCUCCCACGGGGCCUUCUUUCUCGAUACAGACAUUCAAAAGGUGCUAGAAGCACAUGUUACAAAGUUCUGGGUGAAGCACGGGUGGGGCCUGCCCCUCAAAGUCCUCAAGCCCAUGAGUCUCAUUAAGUUGAAAAGGGCUCAAGCCUCACCCAUUCUUGGGAUGAUAAUGGUCCAUAAAAUUAUAUAG